AUGUCUGGAGAUUUUCUGAUGCUGAUUGCAUUAACAACUAAGGAACUUGCCAAUUUCAAAAGUAUGGCUCGGGAAUUUUCAAAUGAACUUCGUGCUAGUACCAAAGUUACAAAAAGUACAAUUACAUGGCUUGAAGGUUCUACCAGCCAAAUUGCAAACAAUGCAGACACUUCAGCAGCUUCAGAAGCAUAUGCCAAAAUGCUUACUAUUUUUAUCCCACUCCUUGUGGAUGAGAGUUCCUUUUUCGCACAUUUCAUGUGCUUUGAAGCUCCUUCACUUGAACCAUCAGAAGGUGCCACCAGCGAUGACAAAGCUAAUUGCCAUAAUGAUGCCAACAAUGAUGAUAAUCUGGGAAUAUUAGACAUUGAUGAUCAUGAAAGAAAAACUGGGAGAAGUUUUUCAAAUUCUCCGGAGCUGAAGGAGCUAAAUGAAUCACUUCAGGAAUUGCUCGAUGGAAUACAAGAAGACUUUUAUGCUGUGGUGGACUGGGCAAGCAAGAUUGAUCCUUUGCGCUGCAUAUCUAUGCAUGGGACAACAGAACGCUACAUUUCUGGCCAGAAAGCAGAUGCAGCAGGAUUUGUGCGAGUCCUGCUUGAUGACCUUGAAUCUAGAAUUUCUAUGCAGUUUAGCCGUUUUGUUGAAGAAGCUUGUCACCAGAUUGAAAGAUAUGAGCGAAAUGUCCGCCAGCUGGGUGUUGUACCAUACAUACCAAGGUGA